AUGCAGUCACCCAACACGCCAUCGCUCGUCGACCUUCCAGAUGAGCUCCUCGAAAACAUCGUCGACCGCCUCGACGAUGAGUCCCUUAUACAGCUUAGCAUGACAUGCAAGAGGCUUCACUUUUUUGUCUUACCCAUUGUCUUCGCCCGAGCCAAUAUCCUGGAGGGCAACAUCGAUGACGCCACAUGCUUUUACUUGCACGACCCUCCGGCCCAUAUUCUACGUGCCCUUCAGCUCGCUUUGUUCAUUCAGAACGUCGACUCCCUUGGCAUCGACUUUGGCUAUCCUGCCAGCACAAUCCUUCCGUAUGCCCGUGAGCUGAACAAGCUGGUUUCUCGCCUUCCAUCCGUGAAAAGGUUCUACUUAAACUUAUCACAUUCACUGUCGCCGAGUGCUCCCAAUCCGGGGUGGCAGAAGGAGGUUCUACUCCUUUUGGAUCUUGUAGUCAACAGAUCAUGCGUCCUUUUAUCUGUGGAUGGUGGAGAUGGUAUUACGGGAGACUACACGCCGGCUACCGGAUCCCAAUCAUCGCGUCACGUAAAUCCAAUUGACCGCCAAAUUAGGUGCAUUUUGAGGCGCCUUGACGGAGCCGUUCGUUCUAUGGCAAGUUUGGGUCGCCGUAACCAUCAUCGUGGAUUACGUGAGUUCCGCGCGCUUUCCGUUGUCCUUCUCCACCCACCUUUCCUUGACUGGACAAUAUCCACACUCCAAUCCAACUCGCAGACUUUAACUGCGGUUUCUUUUGAGAUUGACAGAACCCCCGCAGAUACGUGGCAUUAUAUUCUUUCGAGCAUAACUCUCCCAUUCUUGUCCAGGUUCAAGCUUAGCCCCGACGGUGUGGUCGUCGAGCAGCGAACAGUCAAAUUUGGCGACGUCCUCGGCUUCUUGACUAGACACCCUUCAAUUGUCGAUCUGGAUCUAUACGGUAUCACCCUUCCAGGAGGUCCUCAGCCUCAGACCCUCCUUCCUGCUCUACAAAUUCUGAGAGCAGAUCCCUGGCUCAUUUCUUGGUUUCUGGCUUGUGAGCAGCCUUUUAGAUAUCUCACAUCACUGGAAAUGGUGUCGGAAUACUCUCAGGAUCUGAACUUUCCCUUUGGUUCCAAUACCAACACCUUCGACAAUGCGCUAGGCCUCCUUCCUCACAGUGCACCUCAGGUUAAUACCCUACACAUCACAUUAUAUCCCGAGGCUGGUAUCGCAGAAUGGCUGGAAAAGCAAAUAUCACAGCCUGAGGAGACCAGCCCUCUUGCCGCCCUCGAGAGGGUAACUACCCUCAAUCUCUUCCAGUCUCGGAAUAUGUGGCAGAGUGAUGUGGUAGCUCUGAUGCCCCAUUUCCUAGCGCGGUUUUCUGGCCUCCAACACCUCAUCUAUGCUCCACCACCACCUGGUGUGGAAAGGGCGAUACGGACAUCGUUUAUUAGGGAGAUUAAGUUGGCGUGUCCUGGCAUGAAAAUCGUGACUGUUGAAACAGGUUCCCCUGUCGAUAUCGAUACAUUGAGUCUGGAUCCGGACUAA